CACCUCGCACUGCAUGGUGCUGCCGCUGGCUGCCUCACGAUAUAAAGGCGACGUUCAGGGAUAAAAAACUUGCAAUUCAUGGCGUGGAUGCCUCAGUGACCAGCAGCCUUAACAUCACACACACUGGAUGAGCGGUAGACCAUGGUUAAAACCCAGCCAGCAUCGAGUCCGUCGCAAAGCCACGUCUAGCCACUGAAUGCUGUUUUUUUUUUUUUUUUUUUUUUUUUUUUUUUUCUUCUCCUGUUCGGCGAAAUUUGACACAACAUCAGCGAUUUUUCUCGUGUAGUUUUGGCUGGGCAGAUUCGGGCUAACUGGCCUGCGUGUCUUGCACUCAAACUAGACUACAUCACGAAGGGGUGGAAAAAAUACACAUUCAGCUAUAUCUACAUCGUUUCAAAUGCCUUCAACUUAGAGAGAGACAGAGAGAGAGGGACAACCCCUAAACCCAGUUUUUACACGAGGGGCAGACAGUCAAAACAAAAAUCUCCGUGUUUCCCACUUGAUGAGAAGAGCACAUCCUGAUAAAGGUGAUACCGACAACGGAGAGACGAUGGCAGCCAGUUUAUCGGCGGAGGAAGAACAGGCUACGAAGCAGUUUCUGGAGGAAAUCAACAAGUGGACCAGUCAGCAUGGAGUGUCACCAUUGUCCUGGGAGCUGGCCGUCAAGUUCCUCAUGGCCCGCAAGUUUGAUGUCCUCAGAGCCAUUGAGCUAUUCCACAGCUACAGGGAGACGCGUCUAAAAGAAGGAAUUGUCAGACUCCAGCCACAGGAAGAACCUCUACGUUCAGAGCUGCUCAGCGGCAAGUUCACUGUGUUGAGUGUCCGGGACCCAUCGGGGGCCUCUAUUGCCUUGUACACAGCCAAGCUUCACCACCCCAACAAGACAGGGAACCAUGUGGUGCUCCAGGCCCUCUUCUACCUCCUGGAUCGAGCGGUGGAGAGCUUUGAGACCCAAAGGAAUGGCUUGGUGUUCAUCUAUGACAUGGCAGGCUCCAACUAUACAAACUUUGAACUGGACCUGAGCAAGAAGAUCCUCAAUUUACUCAAGGGGGCGUUUCCCGCCAGGCUGAAGAAAGUGUUGAUUGUUGGUGCCCCUGUCUGGUUCCGAGUGCCCUACAAUCUGCUCAGCCUGCUGCUCAAGGAGAAGCUUCGAGAGAGGGUUCAGAUGGUGAAAAUGGCUGAGCUGCGCCACCACCUCCCCAGAGAUUGUCUUCCCCAGCACCUAGGAGGCCUCUUGCCUCUGGACGCACACAGCUGGAAUCAGCAGCUACUAGCUGGCCAGAAUGGACAUGUGGACCCCGUGGACGAGCUGGUGGGCAUCCCGGUAGAUGACACAUCCAUUCAUACCCCUGGGCCUGAGGCCAUGCGCCCACAGGAGCUGCUGACACACCUCGGCAGACUUCAGCGCUCAGGCGUUCAUCAAGAGUAUGAGGAGCUCCGCAAAGAACAGCCACCUGGGACCUUCCACUGUGCACUAGCAGCAUACAAUCAGGAGAGGAAUCGCUAUGGAGACGUCCUGUGCCUUGAUCAAACAAGAGUUCGUUUGAAAGCCCGAAGGAAUGAGAGAUCAGACUACAUCAAUGCCAGCUUCAUGGAUGGCUACAAACAGAAGAAUGCAUACAUUGGUACUCAAGGUCCACUGGAAAAGACCUAUGGUGAUUUCUGGAGAAUGGUCUGGGAACAAAACGUGCUUGUUAUUGUCAUGACAACCAGGACAGAAGAGGGGGGUCGGAGGAAGUGUGGACAGUACUGGCCUCUGGAGGAAGGAGGACAGGAAGUCUACGGCCAUAUGGCAGUGGUGAACCAAAGGGUGGACCAUCACUCCCAUUACAACCACACCACCCUGGAGCUGCACAACACUGAGACAUGCGAACAGAGACAAGUGAGUCAUUUCCAGUACCUCAGCUGGCCUGACUACGGCGUUCCCACCUCGGCAGUGACUCUCAUAGACUUCCUGGGGGCUGUGAAAAGACAGCAGAGGAAAGUGGUGAAGGCUUUGGGGUCUCAGUGGACAGGCCAUCCCAUGGGACCCCCGAUAGUGGUCCACUGCAGUGCAGGGAUUGGGAGAACAGGUACCUUCUGCGCCCUGGACAUCUGUCUGUCCCAGCUACAGGAUGUAGGCUCUCUGAACAUAUGCCAGACGGUGCGGCGCAUGAGAACACAGAGAGCCUUCAGCAUCCAGACCCCGGACCAGUACUACUUCUGCCACAACGCCAUUUUGGAGCACGCCCAAAGGCAGGGUCUGCUCUCCGCCAAUCAGUGAGCUUCAGCUCUUGCUUCCUUAGCCAAUCCAUGAGACCUGAGAUUUCUGCAGUAAAUCUGUUAACCCCCGAACCCCCUGGUGUGCCCAGUUAGUGAGCCAGGAAAGUUAACUUCUUCACAGAAGUCAUCUUUCAAAAGUAGGCCAUUCAUCUCUGGCAAGCUGGACCAAGACAAGACAGUGACAAGAAGCACUCAAGUUUUGACAUUAAGAUGCAUCAAUGUGAUACCAUCUGCCUGCCAACAGUGUGACAUUUUGUUGCCUUUAAUGAACGUGUCUCAGAAAACAUGUUCUUUGUGUUGUGGUAGAGUGGACAAACUGCUUUGUCUUUUGCAGUUUUGUGUUCUGUGGCCAGGUACAUUGGAUGAAGUGAUCAAGAUAAUGUUGCUCAUGUAGCAUAAUCUCAGUGUUUUGUAGCCAAACAAUUGCAUUUCAUUUUAUCAUUUAUUUUCCUCACUGACAGUAUUCACAUAUGAACCCAACAUGAACAUAUUUGAGAUAAUGAGGCCACACUUUGCAAUGGUUUGUCUGCAAAACAUGUGGAUUACGCUGCACAAGCUGUUCAGUGAAAUGCUAAUGAUUGUUGGAGCUAUAAAAAAAAAUUGCUUCAUCAAAUUCAGUAGUUUGGAAGAGGCUGAGAUAGAAGUAGAUAAACGGCAAUUGAUUGAAAAUUAGACCAACUUUUUUUUUCUAAAUAAGGAGUUUGGCCACCGCACCAUCUAGCAGCAACAACACUGGUAGCUUUUACACCUCUGUGUCCAGUAUUUCAAUUCACUACAGUGCAUGCUAACACUUAAGCACAAGGUGGAUGCUAAGUGGUUGGUACGAGCUGGAAUUGCAUCAUCUCACAUGCACUGUAGCCGAUACUGAGCACAGGAGAGGUGAAACUGACUCCAGUCUUUUUGUCUGACAGCAAAGCAGAUCGAAAAGAUUAUUUGCCAAGAAGUUGCUGUAUUCCUUUGAGGUCAUGCACAAGACAACACAUCAUUUUAUCUUUCAUUCCCCUCCCCCUCCCACCUCUGGUUGCAAGGCGGUAAAAAUCAGUUGCAGCAGGGGAGCAAGAAGCACAUCUGACACGAUCAGGCUGUAAACUCUCAAAGGGUCUUUGUUAUUACUCAGUUUUACAGUAAGUCGCUGUCCAAGUAAAUUCCUCUUUGUUCUGCUUCCUUUUUUGUGAUAACUUCAUCCACUGAAAACCAGGCCUUCCCAUCUCAUCUAAUGUUGAGAUUUUCUGGCUUGUAAUACAGACGGUUACCAGUGUCCACAUCUGCUUUUGCUCACAAGCAGUGCCAUUAUGCUUCAGUGUGAUUCUGGGAAUGUAUUGCUAACCCCCACCCCCAAUACACACACACACCACACACCUGUUGAACAGUCCAUGCUGCAAUGAUUGUGCCACUGUGGCAUAUUAUCUGUGUAAGGCAUCAGUUUUAAGACCUCACAUGAGUAGUGCAAUAGUUCUUUUUUUUUUUUUUUAUUUUACACAAGUCAUGUCUUAGCACUUUUAAAUAACCAUUCCCAAUGUGCUCUGAGAUUAGUGACUAUGGCGAUAAAGUGGAAUGACGUUUAAAACUUUGUAGUAAUUCUAUAGGUCUAUAUGUGAUACUGGGAUAACUUGAUCAUUGUGGAAUUGAGUAAAACGUAGUUGACAUUUUGAACUUAAAAAGUGAGCAGAGUUUUAUUGGGACAAAUCAAGAGUAUUUUAAAUUUAUUAUAGCAGAAUCCUGAAAAAGGAGACAAAUUGUUGCCUUCAUCCCACAAAGUGCAUCUAAGGCACUUCAGUCACAAUUGUGUCCACUCUGUUGUGUUACUUGAAGCUCUUCAGACUCCUGUGGUUGUAAUCAAUGCUUUCAUCUGAUCCCAGUAUCUCGUCAUGAUUAGAGUACAUGUACAAAAACUGUGUGUCAUACUUUGCAUUACAUGUUGUUUCUGGGUGAAAGAAUGUGUUCUUUACUACAGAAUUCAUAUUGAAUUUGCUUGUAGUGAAGCAUUUGUUUUUUAAAGUUUGCCAUCCUCAUGCACUCUGAUUUUAGACUUUUUGUUCCUUUCAAUGAUGGACGCAAAGUGUGCCCUAUUUUAUUUUUCUAUUGUAUUCAACAUCUGUUUUCAUAUGAUUACCCAGGCUAUACAGUUAUCUACAUUAAUUUUAUAUUUGUUCUGUUAUAACCUGUUACUUUAUCAUCAGUAGGAGUAUUGAAUUAAGCUAUACUGUAUUAAAUACCAACUUAUGUCAACGUG